UGAUAGUAACAAGAUUAAACUCGUGUGCAAGAACUAUGAGUACCAAAGUAGCAGUAUUGCUGUCUGGGUGUGGAGUGUACGAUGGAACUGAGGUUCAUGAGAGUAGUGCAGUAUUGACACACCUCAGCAGACAGGGGGCUCUGGCUUCCUGCUUUGCUCCCGAUAAGGAUCAAAUGCAUGUGGUAGAUCACACUGCUGGAACAGAGAUGUCGGAGACACGAAAUGUGUUGAAGGAGUCAGCAAGAAUUGCACGUGGUAAAAUCAGUGCUCUCACGGAACUGAAUGUUGGAGACUUUGAUGCGCUCAUUGUACCUGGUGGGUUUGGUGCAGCUAAGAACCUGAGCAGUUUCGCCACACAAGGAGUGGACAUGACAGUGGACCUUACUGUCAGCGACAAGAUAGCUGCUUUCCACUCUGCUGGGAAACCUAUUGGACUGUGCUGUAUUGCACCUGUAUUAGCUGCUAAACUUAUCCCUGGUGUCGAGCUGACCGUAGGGAGUGAUCAGGAAGGGACAGAUAAGUGGCCAUACGCUGGAACUGCUGCUGCUAUUGAUGCUAUGGGUGGGAAACAUGUUGUAACAGACGUCUCAGAGGCCCACGUCGACUCUAAAAACAAGGUUGUUACUACUGCAGCCUUUAUGUGUGAGACUGAUCUACAUGAAAUACAUGACGGUGUUGGUGCCAUGGUUACAGAGGUUCUGAAACUAGUUACGUAAACUUCAGGACUAAAUCUAUAAUAUUUCCUUCUUUGGUAAUUUAUUUUAGAUACAAGCUAGCAUGAUGUCUCCUUUUGAAUUUCCAAGAAAACUUUAGGGCUAAUUUUUGUUUAUUUCUGGAUAUGAAGUACCUAGUUUAUCU